AUGAUAAAAAUAAAUAAAGUACUCAAUAUUAAUAUUAAUGAUAUUACUAAUGAUAUUAAUGUAUUUGAGAAGCAAAAUAAAGCAAAUAAUAAUCUAGGGAGAUUAGAAAUAAAAAGAAAUAAAUGUUGUUUUCAUAAAAGAACAAUAACAAAAUAUGAAAAUACAUAUACAAUCUCUUUAGACAAAUAUAUUUUUAUAUGUGUCCUUCAGGAUAAUAAGUGGAAACUGUUCAGAUACAACUUUUCUCAUAAAAUUAAUAAAUGUAUAUGUAUUAACAAUUUGAAUUUAUUAAUAAUACAAAAGAACAAUAAAAUUGUUAUCAAGGAAUUUAAAAAAAUAGACAAGAAUAAUCCCAUAAAUGAUAUAAAAUUAUUAAGAAGACAUUCUUUUGUUAUAAGUAUUUAUUUUUUCUAUGUAUACAAUGAUCAUAUCUAUAUUGUUGAAAAACUUGGAAAAUUAAUGGAACUUAAUAUAAAAGAAGCACUUAAUCCUUCUUCUUCAUUUAAGGAAAUAAAGGAUUUUGAUUUAAAAAAAAAUGAUGAAAUUUAUUUUAAAAUUGAAAAUAAUAUUAUUUUAAUUAUAGCUUAUUGUGAUAAUAAAAAAGAAGACAUUAAUAUAAUUAUUUAUAACUUAAAAAGUAGAAAAACUAAAUAUAUAGAAAUAAGCAUGUCCUAUUUUAAUAAAAAAGAAGAUGUUAAAAGAAAUAUUGAAUAUAUCACUUUGAAUAAUAACUACAUAGUUGUGUUAUUUAAUUCUAAUGAUUUUAUAAUUUUGAAAAAAAAUAACGAUACUAAUAAUUACGAGAUUUAUAAAUACCUUGAUAAAUAUAAAUCAAGUCAAUUGAAAUAUUUUAACAACAAAAGUCUAAAAGAAGUAGAAUGUUAUUCUUCAGAAUACAUAAAAAAAAUAAAUAAAAUUUCUUCUAUAUACUUAAAUGAAGAUAAUAAUUUAUUCCUAAUUUAUAGUGAUAUUUUUUUACCAGAUUUAUAUAUUAACAAAAAUAAAUUUAAAUAUUUUUCAUUUGUUCAAAGUACAGGAAAUAUAUUAAAUUCUUAUUGUAAAAAAUUGACAAAAAUUCUUUUUUCAAAGUUUCAUAAAAAGGAAAAAUUCAACAACAAUUCACUUCUAUAUGAUGUAAAUGAACAAUUAAUUGAGAGGACUAACAUUAAUAUGUGCACUCUAAAUAUUUUAGAUGAACAAAUUAGCACAUUAGAUAUAAAUUAUAAUGAUGAGAUAUACUAUUUAUAUAAUAAUACUAUCAAUAUUUUAAAAGAAAGAUUAACUGAAAUAAAUGAUAAACAAAAAAAUCAAGAAAUACAGUUGGAAGAAGUUUUACAUAUUCCUGUUCGUUUAGACAUAUAUGAAAUAAAUCAGAAUAAAAUCAAAAUACUUAAUAAUGAAAUGAAUGAUAAUAUCUCUGAAAAGGGAUUCCUAAAUAUGGAUUUUUUAAAAGAUAUAACAAAAAACAAAAAAAUAAUUGAUGAUGAUAAUAUAUGCAAUAAUAUUUAUUUAUGUGAAAUAGAUAAACAUUUUUUAAUUUUAGAAAAUCAAUUAGAUGAUUUUAAUUUAACCCUAUAUGAAGUAAAUUUUUUAAAUAAGAUAGAAUUAUUAAUAUAUCAAUUUUUUAAUAAUUAUUAUGAUUCUAUUUUAUUAGCGGAACGUAAACAUUUUAGUUUAGUUCAUCAAUUUUUUGUUUAUUCAAUAUAUGAUUAUAGUGGAAGAUACUUUGAUUCUCCUUUAAUUGAUUAUCAGUGUUUAUUUAAAAUUAAAAAUAUAUUCCAUUUUCUUGAAAGAGCAGUUAAAUAUGAUCCAUUUACAUUCAGGAAUGAAGACGAUGAGCAAAUAAAUGAACUUUUGAAUAUAAAAAAUAAUUCUUAUAAUAAAUAUGAAAACAUAUUAACUAAUUUAAAUAUAGAUGAAGAGAAUAGUAAUUAUCAUAAUUUAUUUUAUAUACUUAAUGAAAAUUAUACAUCUUCUUCGAGAUAUGUGAAUAAUUAUUACAGUGUAAAAAAAAUUGAUACUACACCUUUGUAUAAAAAUAUUGAUAUAAAUAUACAUUUAUAUAAAUUAGAAAAUGUUUUAUAUUCAUCCUUAAAAAGAAUAAAUUAUAUAUUAGAAGAGGAAAAUCAAUUAACAGAUUUAUUAAGUUCGGAUGAAAGUGAAGAUGACGAAGAAAAUACUAUAAUUAAAUUAACAAAAAAUAAACUUAAAAAAAAUAUAGAGACAAAAAGAAAUAUAAAAAAAGAAUAUGAAAAUGAAGAUGAUUCAAAUGAUGAAAAAGAGGAUGAUGAAAGCUGUAUAAGGAAAAUAUGGGGAUUAUCAAUUAAUGAGGAAGAAUUAGAUGAAUAUGAUUCUUCUUUAGAUUCAACAGAAAAAAAAAAAAAUGAAAAAGAGGAAACAAAAUAUAAGUGUUAUGAUUUUCAUGAUAUAAAUUUAAAUAAAAGUUAUGACUAUUCAACAAAUAUAAAAGAAGAUGAAAUCUUAAAAAAAAAAUUAAUGAAUUAUAAAAAGGAAAUAAUGAAUCAAAUAUAUAAAUAUAAAUUAUAUAGAUAUAUAAUGAAAUUAUUAGAUAAAGAAAGAAGUAGUAGUAGUAGUAGUAGUCAUUAUUCAAAGUUUGAUGAAGAAUAUAAGAAAUUAAAUGUAGUAAAAUAUAGUAAUAAAAAUAAAUUUUCAGAUAUAUUUAACAUUUUUAAGAAAAAUACAAAUGAUUCAACAAACAUAAAUGAAGGAAAAAGCGAUAAUAAAAUAUGUAGUAAUAAUAAUAAUAACAAUGAUAAUAGUAAAGAUUUAAAUUCAUCUAAUGUUUACAUUAUUAAUUGGACAAAAUUUAAAUAUUAUUAUUCGCCAUUUGAUAUAUUAAAAUACUUUUUAAUUAAUCAAAAUUAUUUUUUGAUAAAAAUAUUUUAUAAAUACUUUAAUACAUUUAUCAAUUAUAAUUGGCAAAAGAUUUAUUAUUAUAUUCCAAUUAAUACAAAUAUUGAAGAUUUUUUCUUCUUAUUACCUAUUAUUAAAAAAACAGAAAGUUAUACGGAUGUCGAUGAAUUCAAUGAUAACAAUAAAAAUACAAUUUAUAAUAAGGAAAUUCAAUAUUCUAUUAUAAAAUCAUCUAAGAAUAUUAAUUAUAUAUUAAAGAAUGGAUAUUCAAAUAAUUUAGAAAGAAGCAGUAAUGAAAAAGAAAAAGAGUAUUCCUUAUUUUCUUAUAAAAAUAGUGAUAUGUUAUAUAUUGAAAAUUAUGAUAUAAUGUGUAAUGAAUGUGUUUUUUUUGAGUUUUUUAUAAAUAGAAGUAUUAAUAUAAUAAAAAAAACACAUUUAAUUAAAAGUCGUCUUUUAGCGUUUGUUUAUAUUUGUCUGAAACAUAUAAAUGAUAAUAAUGUAUAUAAAAUAUAUAAAUAUGAUAGUGAAUUAAAGAAAUAUACUUUUAAUGAAAAAUAUUUUCUUGUAUCCGAUAACAAUAUUUUAAAUAAAAAUAAAAAUUAUUGUAAUACAUUCACAGAAGAUUAUGACGAAAAGAGAAAAAACUCGGAAGGAGAAAAUAUAGAUAUGAAUGAAGAAAAUAAUGUAACCAAAUUUAAUUUCAAUGAUACUAUGUUUAUAAAAAAUAAUUUGUAUGUUAAUUUAAAAAAAGAUAAAAUCCCAAAUAAAAAUGUUAUAUUAAUGUAUAGCCUUUUUAUUCUUAUUAAAAUGUAUAUUGUUUGUAAAGAGAAUAAUAAAAAUGUAAAGUUUGAUGAAUUUUUAGAAAUGGAUAUUUACGAUAGAUUAUGUUUAAUCUUAGAUUUUGAUAUAAAAUACUUAUCUAAUGAUUACGAUCAAGAAAAUUAUGUAAAAAAUUUUUACGAUAAGUUUGAAGAUAUUUUAAAAAAUUAUAAAUAUAUCGAUGAACAUAUAAUAACAACAAAUGAAAAUUAUAUAAUUUUUGAUAAAGAUUUAGUUAAUUUAAAUUAUAAAAAAGCAAAUAAUUUUUUAGAAUGUUUAUAUAUAAACAUUUUAUAUUCAUCACAACAACUUUUUAUAAUAUUUUGUUUAAAAACACUGAAAAUAUUACAAUCAAAAAGCUUUUGUUAUGGUUACCAAAAAUCUAAUAAAAGCAUAUCAUCCUUAUUAAGUGAAAACUUAUAUGGAGAUAAGAAAAAAAAAAAAAUUCAAAAAAAAGCAGCUGAAUUGGAUAAGGUUUUAAUUUUUUUAAAAAAUAUUUACUUUAUAUAUAAAAAUAAAAUUAUUUUUAAUCAUGAUUAUGAAUAUUCCUUUUUCUUUUUAAUAAUUUUUUAUAAACACAUGAAAAUAAAUUUACUAUAUUUUAUAACUAUAUUUAAUGAUUUUUAUCUUCUUUUGCCUAAAAAAAUUAAAAUAGAUAAAGAACAGUCAUUAUUAGAUAGAAUACAUAUGAAAAAUUAUUUGUGUUCUAAUAAAAAUAUUUCAGAUAGUAAGGAAGAUACUAAUUUAUUUAAUUUAAUUGAUAUUUUUAAAACAAGUGAUAAUUAUAGUAGUUCUGUAAUUUUUGAUGAAUAUUUGGAUCAUAUUGUUAUUUAUUAUUAUGAUGCCAUUAAAAAGAAAAGUGUGGAGUUACAAAAAAAUUUUGAACAAGAAGAAAAAUUAGAUUAUUGUAAAUUAUUAGAAAGGUAUUUAGAUAUGUUUGAAAAACAUUUAAAUGCAUUAGAAAUAGUGAAACAUUUUAAAAAAGAUUUUAUUAAUCAAGAAGAUGAAUUAAAAAUAAAUAUUGAUAUAAUUUUAAAUUCAAAAAAUAAUUUAAAAAAAAGUAUAUUAAAUAUAUACAAAUUAUUUAAAAUAAUUAUAUUAAACACUAAAUAUAAAGAUAAUAAUUUUACGAAAAAUUGUUUACAAUUAUAUUACAAUUUAUUUUUAUCCGUUGAUUUAUAUUUGUUUUUUUUGAUUAUAUUUUAUAUAAUAUUAUUUUAUUCUAAUGAUUUCGAAUAUUUAUAUUCCUUUAUGAAAUUUUAUAAAGAAUAUAAACAUUUAGAUAUAAAAGAAUAUAGUUAUAUAAUAAAUUAUUUAAUUAUUAACAGAGUAAAAAGUAUUACCAUAUAUGAUAAGUUUAUAGAAUUAUAUAAUUUUUUAAGAAAAGUAUAUUCUUUAGAAAAUAUUUUUAAUUUAAAAAAGAAUGAUGAAAUAUUAACAAAUUUAAGAAUAUUAUACUAUAUACAAAAUUUCAUAAAUAAGAAUAAGUAUGUAAUAUUACCAGAAGACAUGAAUACACAGAAAAAAAUUUCAGAAUCAAAUGAAGAUAUAUAUAAAUCUUUUUCUAAACUAAUUGCACAAACUUAUGAAAAAAAUAGUAAAAACAGAAUAAAAAAAAAUUAUGUAAAUGAUAAAUUUUCUAUUUUUUACAAUAAUAUUUUUUAUGAUAGUUACAUAAAGGUGAAAAUGGAAACAAAUAAAUUUAAAAUAUUUAAAAAUAUUGUUGAAAAUAAUCUAAAUGUAUGUUGUAACUAUAGAAAAACUAUCAAUUUAAUAAAAUUACUAAAUAUAAAUAAUGAAGUUUUGUGUGAUACUAUUCUGUAUAUUAUAUAUAUAUUACAAAUAAAAAAAGAAACUAAAAUGUUACAAUUUUAUUUAAUUCUUUUUAUAAUUUUAUUCCAAGAUAAAAAAUUAAACAAAAAAUAUAAAUUAUUUCUUGAAAAUGUUAUCAUAUAUUAUAGUAAAUUUUCAGAACAAUCAAUUAAUUAUAUAUAUAAUUUUUCUAUGUUUUUUUUUUCUCAUUUAUCUUUAAAUUAUUCUCUAUAUUUAAAUACAAUUUAUAAAUUAUUUUUAAAAAAAAAACAAUUUCUAACCAAAAGAAUAAAAAAAAACUAUGAAAUAUAUCAACUUCAUAAUUUUACUUCUCUAUAUCAUUUUUUAAGUAAACAAUUAGAUGAAACAAAAAUAAAAGAAAACAAGUAUUUUGAUGAUAAAAUUGAAAAAGGCCUACAUCAAAAUAAAAUAUUUGAUUUGUUUAAUAAAAAAAAUAAUAUUCAAAAUAAUAAAAAAAAUCAAUAUUCUCAAAAUAUAUUAUCAAAUACAACAGAUAAAAUAAUAAAGGAAAACACAGAUCAUUUCAUUCAUAGUAAUUGUAAAAAUGAACAGGUCAGAACUUAUUCUGAUAAUAAAGAAAAUAAUGUUAUGAAAAAUUUUGAUGAAAAUAUAAUGGAAGUUGAAAAAGAUACCUUCAAAAAGCAAAAAUUGGAAAAUUAUUUUGGUUUAAUUAAUCAUAAUGAAAUAAAAGAAAAUGACAUGCAUAGAAGUGAAUUUAAUUUAAAUAAUGAAAUUAACAAUAACCAUAUUGUGGAUAAUAAAUACGAAAAUAAUAAUAAUAAUAAUGAAAAAGUAGAAUAUUUAAAUGAAAUUCAAGUAAGUAGAAACAUAUCGGCGGAUUAUGAAGAAAUAAAUUCUGAAAAAUUUGAAGCAGAAAUUGAAAGUGAUGAUAAAAACAAUGAAAAUAAUUUUGGUUAUAUAAAUGAAAAUGAUAUUGAUGAAGAUGAUUAUGAAGAAAAUUAUUUUGAUGAAAAUAUUUUGGUCGAAUAUGAUAUUAAUGAAAAUGAUACUGAAGAGAGUAAUACUGAUGAAAAUAAUAAUGAAACAACAACUUUUGAUGAUAGUUGUAGUAGUGAAAAUUAUAGUGAUUUAAAUAAUUUUAUUAAAAAUGAUAUGAAUUACGAAGAGAAUAAACUAAAUGAUGAAUAUGAAAUUGAUAUUAAUGAAAAUAUAAACGAAAAAAAUAAAUUUGAUGAAGGUUCUUCAGAGAAUUUUUAUUAUUAUAAUGAAAAAAACAAAUGUGUUAGAAAUGAAGAGGAAAUAGCAUUAAAUUGUGAAAAAAAUAAUGAAAGUUAUGUUUAUUAUGGAAAUAAUAGAAACAAAAAAAAUAAGAUAAAUUAUAAAGAAAAUUCAAUAAAUGAUGAAGGAAAAAAUUCUGAAAAAGGUUUUAUCAAUAAUUUAAAUAAAGAAAAUUUUAAUAUAUUUUACACAUGUAAAGGGAAUAAUAAAUUUUUAAAUGAUAAAAGAGAACAUUAUGAUUUAAUCUAUUUCCAUAUAAAAAAAAUUAAUAACGAAAUAAAUAAAUACAAUGUUAGAAAAUGGGAUACAGAUAAUAUUUUUAAAACAGUAAAUAAAAUUAAACAUAUGUUUAAAAAAAAAGAAGAAUUUAAAGAAAAGGAUAAUUUAUUUUUACAUUCCUUUAAUUUGAAAAAUAAUUUUAAAAAAGAAUAUACUAAUAAAAAAAAUUACAUAUAUCACUCUUUAAUUAAUAAUGACAUUUACUUUGCAUUUAUAUAUAUAUUAAGUGUUGAAGAUUAUUCUUUUGUUUAUACAUUUAUAAGAAAUGUUAUAUUAAAUAAUUUUAUUUUAAUUAAUAGAAAAAUUGAAAUAAUUGAUAUCACUUUAUUAAGUAUAUAUAAUUUUCACAUAAUGAGUAAGCAAAAAUAUAACAUUAGCGAAAAUAAUAAAAAUAAAAAUACGUUUCUACAAAAAAUUGUUUGCUUAUUAAUUAUUAUGAGAUAUUUAUUAUUUAGUCUGCAUAUAAAAAGAAUUGAUAAGGUAAAUAUAAAAAAAUUGUUUUUUGAAGACAACUAUAAAAAAAAUAUAGUAGAAAAUUUAGAUAAAAAAUCAUGUGAUGAAAUUUUAGAAAUUCUAAUAAAAACUGCUGAUAUUUCUAAAGUGAAUUUACUAGAAAUUAAUUAUGAACUGAUAAAAAAGAAAAACUAUUUAAUUUAUAAUAUAGGGGUAUUUGAAGAUAACAAAGACCUUUUAAGCAAUUUUAAUAUAUUCAAAAAUAAUGCAUUCAAUGAGGAAACAAAAAAAGAAAAGAGAUUUCAAUAUCUGUUUGAAAUAGAAACGGAAAAAGAAAUUCUAAAUCAAUUUCAAAAAAAUGAAAAAAAUUCAUUGUUUCAUUAUAUAUUAACAAAUUUUAAAUACUUAAAUUUUAACAUAAAUUUUGUAUAUAAAAUUUUAUAUUAUAUAUAUGAAACGUGUUUAUAUAAUAUAUGUUCUUCAAUAUAUUUUAUAAAAGUAUCUUUUUAUAAUUUUAAUUUAGGAAAUAUUUUCUCUUCUGUGUCAAAAAUAAUUAAGAAGUUACCUCAAUGUGAAAUAAUAAACAAACUAAUUGAAUUAAGAUAUGUUUUUAUAUAUUUAAAUGAAAUGCAAAUGACAAGAUUAGAAAACCAGACAAGGGAAAAGGUUAAAGAAAAUGAAAAUAAAAAUGACACAAAUAAUUAUAAAAAUGAAAGUUCUAGUAAUAACAAAAUAAUGGAUAAAGUAAGUAAUACUCAUAAAAAUAAUAUAUCGUUUGAAUGUUGUUGUGAAAUAUCAAAAGAUAAUUUAUUUGAUACUAUGCUUAUAAUAUAUAAUACAAAAAUAUUAAAUAAUUUUAAUUUUCAGACUAAUCAAAUAAAAAAUAUAUAUUCAUCAUCUGAUGAAAAAGAUAUAGAAUUUUUAAAAAAUAGUAAUAUAGAAAUUUAUAAAUUGUCAAAGAAAAAUAUAUAUGAUUAUUAUAUUUUUUUAUUUAAAAAAUUAAAUAUAAAACCGUAUAUUUAUGAUUUAUGUUUUUUAUUAAGGAAUUUAAAUAUAUUUUUUCAUUCUUUUUUUUAUUUGAGUGAGAAAAAUUAUGAUAAUGUAAACGAAUUAUUUGAUCCAUCUGAAGAUGAUUAUUUAAAAUUUUUAUUGUUAAUAUUAUUAAAGAAAAAUUUCUCAUUAUUUGAAAAAAUAAAAAAUAUUGAAAACAAUGUUUAUAGAUAUUUUUAUUCAAAUAAAAAAUAUCAUGACAUAUUUAUGAAGUUUUUUAUGUUUCAUAUUUUAUUAAAAUUAAAAAACGAAAAUAAUGAUUCAUUAAAAAUAUUUAAUAUUUUAAAUACUCAAUUUAUUGAUAUUAAGUAUAAUAUAGAAUUAGAUUUUAAUAAAUUGGUUAUUAUUGGCAAAAAAAAAAUGAAUAAAUUUUUAAAUUUUUAUAAGUUUAUGGAUAAAUUUAAUAUUUAUUACUCAGAAGAAUUCUUAAAGUUAAUUAUAGAUAAUAUAUAUAGAAUAGACAUCUUAUUUGUUCUACUUUUGUAUAAAAAAAAUAAAAAAAUAAUAGAAUACAUUAUUUAUAAAAUAUUGAUUGUACUUUUUUUUACACAGUUUUCUAAAUAUCAAAAUAUUUCAGUAAAUACUUUUUUUCAUUUUGUUUUUUCAAAUAUUAGAAAAUCACAUUUAGAAAGAUACCCAUUUCUUGAUAAAAUAUUUAAUGAGGAGAAUUAUUUACUUAAAGAAAAUAACAACUAUAUAGAUAAUUACGAUAAAAAUUGUAAUAUAAACAUUAAGAGAAAUUUAAGUAUCAUGAAAAGUGAACCUGAUACAUAUAAUGAUAUCGAUAAACAGUUUACCAUUAAUAAAGAUGUUCAUAUAGAUAAAAAUAUGAUUACUGAUGAUGAUAUUGAUAUUAAUAAAACAAAUAAAAAUGAAAUAAUUAAUAUUGAAGAACAUAGUGAUAUAAAUAUUAAUAAAAAUUUUAGCCUUGAAAAUACUAACAUUGUUGAUAUAAAUAAAAAUAUGAACAUUGAUGAAAUUAAUAGUAUUCAUAUUUCUAAUGAUAUCUACAAUGACAAAGAUGCUAUUAUAAAACACAACAGUAUUGAUGAACAAUUUAAUGCUUUUGAAGGAGAAAAAAGUGGAAAUGAAAAAAAAGAAAAUUUUUUUGAAAUAAAUGAAGAAAAUUGUAAGUUAAUUAUUAAUUUUUGCCAAAAUUAUUUGAGUCAAGAAAAAAUUAUAAGAAAUAUAAUAAAAAAUGAAUUAAAUAGUUUAGUAUUUUUAAAGUUUUCAUAUAAUGUUAAAGUUUUAAGCAUGUAUGAAAAAUCAAAACAUAUAUAUAAUUACCUACAUAAUUUAAAAAAAUGUAAUAUUUUUUUUUCUAUUAAAAUAUUAGUUAAAAUGUUUUUAAAAACCAAGAUGAAACAGAGAAAUUAUAAUAUUUAUCAUUUUUUUAUAAUAAUCCAUAUUAUUUAUUAUAUAAAAAAAAAUUUAUUUGUAAGAAAAAAAGAUGGCAAAAUAGAUAAAGAAUACAUGGAUUUUUACUUCAAAAAUGAUGCCGAAAUUAAUGAAGAAUUUUAUAGAAAUAAAAAUAUUAAUAACGAUAGUGAAAUAAAUCACUUCAAUGAUGAUACAUAUAAUUUAGAUAACACAAUUACUAAUAAAUUAUACAUAAUAAAGAGUUUAAUAAUAUUACUACUUAUUAAAUUAACAAAUAUAUUUUUACCUUCCAUAAAUAAAAUAUACUUUAAUAAAACUAAAGAUUAUAUAUUUAUUGAUUGUAAUGAUGAAAUUAAAUUAAACUAUAAUAUAAGUGAUUUUAUAUUUUUAAUUUUGAAUUUUAUUAAUAUGAUUUAUGCAAAAGGAUACGAAUUUAUCUAUAUAAGUUUAUUAUUUUUAAUGGAAUAUUGUAUUGAAUUAAUCUGUGAUAAUAAUGAUAUAAAGCAUAUAAAUAUAUCUAAUAUAUUAGUUAUUAAUAAAACAGAAAACUUAAUAAAUGAAUACAAAAAAAAUUAUGAUUUACUUGAUGAUAAAAAUAAUAUAUUAAAUUUUAUAACAAAAGAAAAUUAUGAUAAAAUAAAAAGCAUGUUAAGUUCAAUAUAUUUAAAAAUACUUAAAAAUUGUGAUAAUUCUAUUCUGUUAGCUUGUAAAAUUAUGAUUGGUAAUAGAUUAAACCUAGAAGAUGAAAUGGAUUUAUUUAAAGUCAUAAAAAAUGAUUUUCUUUUUUUUUUUACAUAUAAUAGUUCUAUAUUAAAAUCAAAUAAGCAAAAUAUAUUGUUACAAAACAACUUAAAAAAAUUAGUUAAAGAAAAAAAUGAUUUUUUCCAUACAAAAAUUUCUACUUUUAUUAAAAUACUUUUAAUAAUAAUGACAUAUAAUAUAAAUUCUUUUAAAGAUUCAGAAUACUAUCAAACAAUUAAGCAAAUUAUUAAUGACAAUCAGUGGUUUUCCAUAUUCAGUGGGUAUUUUGUUAAUGAAACGAAUGAAUUAAGUUUUCUUUGCAAAAAUAAAAAGAAAGAUAAUGACUGUUCUUCUGAUAGUAGUUGUUCUAUUGAAUUAAGUGAAACCUUAAAAUUUGAUUCUCUUAAUAUUACUAAGAAUAAAAGUGAAACAAGUAAAAGAGACAAAAAUUCUGAUGAAGAAAAUUAUAAAAAUGUUCAUAAGGAAAAUUUUAAUGAUCAAUUUAAAUCGUUAUAUUUAUUAAGUUCUAAUGAAACCAAAAGUCCUAAUGAAAUUUUUAAUAAAAGCAGAAAUAAUAAUAUCUUUUCUCCAUGUCAAAAUGAAAUAGAAAAAUUUGAAAAAUUAUAUGAUGAAAAUGAUAAUAGUGAAAAUAAAGAAAGAAAGAUUGAAUUCAAUAAAAGAUUUAAUGAUAAUUUAUUUAAAAGUAAUAAUGAAAACUUUUAUAUAAAUGAAGAGUUAUCGGAAAAAAAAUCAAGUGUGUUUAAAGAAAAUGAUAACGAAGUAAGUAAUGAGGAAGACGAAUUUUUUAAAUAUAACAUUUCUAAAACACAAAAUGAUAUUUUGAAUGAAUAUGGUGAAGGAUUUUUAUCAUUUUAUAUAAACAAAUUAAAUAAUAAUGAAAAUUGUGAUAAGUAUUUUAAUACAAUUUAUAAAAAAUCUAAAAUGAUUAAUUUAAUGGAGUACUGCAAAUAUAUAUUAAAGUAUUGGAGAAUUGAAAUGGAAAAUGAUAAAAAAAGUGAGGGAAUUCAAAUUUUAAUAUUUUUUGCAAAUUAUUUUAAUUUUUUUCAGAAUUUUAUAAAAUAUAAAAUUAUUUUAAAAUUAUAUAUUAAUAAUAAUUUACAUGAAGCUGAUGAAAUUUUAGGUAAUAAGAGUAUGUGGAAUUGGUAUAGAAAUGAUACGAAAAUAAAAAGUAACAUUGAAAAUUAUUUAACAAAAGAUAUUUCUUUUAAUAAUUUUUUUGAUAAUAUAGGAAGUGAUAAAUUUUUGAAAAAUUUAAGUAAAUUUCGUCAUAAAAAUAAUUUUGAAGUAAAAAAUUUCUAUUUAACAAAUUUCCGAAACAAUAAAUAUAACAAAAAGUAUCUUAGAAGUCUUUAUAUGCAAUAUUAUACUUUCACUAAAUUUAUAAAAAAAAAUAAUGGAGAGGAUAUUGCAGAAUUUAACAUUAAUAAUAACAAAAAAGAAAAUGACUAUUUUAAUAAUAUGAAUGACUUGCAUAAAGAACAAAAUAAUUCAAAUGAACAAGGUUAUGAUUGCAAUGUAUUUCCUUUAUUUUUCUUAAGUUUUUUAGAAAUUUACAAAAAUACCAUUGAUGUUUAUGAUUUUUAUUAUCAAUCUAUCAUUUUUAAAUUGAUAAAUAAUCAUGAAUUAAAUAUAAAUAAAAUACAAUUACUUUAUCAAGAUUUGCAAAAAUAUUUUCAAAACAAAUUAAGUAACUAUGAUUUAUAUUUGAUGCUUUUUUAUUAUCAGUACUUUUCUUUUCAAUCAAUUUAUAAUUCUAAUACAAAUAUUAAUUUUUUGAAUAAAAGCGAACAAAAAUUAAUAUUAUACAUAUGGAUAAAAUAUACAAAGUCACUUUUAAAAGAAUAUAGAUGCUAA